UUGACAGACGCGCUUCCUCUACAGAACAGGCUCUGAGUGAAGAACAUCACGAGCUCGAGCCUCAAAUAAAAGCAUCAAAAUAUCAGAUCUGAAGAACCAACAGCGGAUUAAACGACGCGUGACAGCUCUAUAAACAGCUCAACACCACAGAAUACAGCAUGCCGCAGAACGAGCACAUCGAGUUACACCGCAAGCGGCAUGGCUAUCGUCUGGACCACCACGAGAGGAAGAGGAAGAAGGAGAGCCGAGAGGCGCACGAGAGAUCGCACAAAGCCAAAAAGAUGAUCGGCCUCAAAGCCAAACUCUACCACAAACAGAGACACGCCGAGAAGAUCCAGAUGAAGAAGACCAUUAAGAUGCAUGAGCAGAGGAAGAGCAAACAGAAAGACGAUGACAAGACCCCAGAAGGGGCGGUGCCAGCUUACCUGCUGGACAGAGAGGGCCAAUCACGCGCCAAGGUUCUCUCCAACAUGAUCAAACAGAAGAGGAAAGAGAAAGCUGGAAAGUGGGAGGUUCCUCUCCCGAAGGUCCGAGCCCAGGGCGAAACCGAGGUUCUGAAGGUCAUCCGCACAGGAAAGAGACAGAAAAAGGCCUGGAAGAGGAUGGUGACCAAAGUCUGUUUCGUAGGAGACGGAUUCACACGCAAACCGCCCAAAUAUGAGCGCUUCAUCAGACCUAUGGGUCUGAGGUUUAAGAAGGCACACGUCACUCAUCCUGAGCUGAAGGCCACCUUCUGUUUGCCCAUCCUGGGUGUGAAGAAGAACCCGUCCUCCUCCCUUUACACCACUCUAGGGGUCAUCACCAAGGGAACGGUCAUUGAGGUCAACGUCAGUGAGCUUGGAUUGGUCACGCAGGGCGGGAAGGUCAUCUGGGGUAAAUAUGCCCAGGUGACGAAUAACCCCGAAAACGAUGGUUGCAUUAAUGCCGUUUUGCUUGUAUAAUGGAAACCUGAAACGUUUGUUAUGGAACUGUGCCUUCGAGUGCAGCGCUAAUGUGAAAUACUGUUAUUUACAUCAGAAAUCAUCUCGGAAAUCAUAAGAAAAGAUGAUUUGAAGACAGUUGAUGGAGUUGCGACGUCACAUCUGGACCCAAAGCAUGUGGAUCAGAAAUAAAGUGUUGUUUUUUUCUUCUUCUAAAAGAUGUUGUCAAAAAUUGUUUCUCUUUGCAUAUUGUACUACAAUACAUUGAUGAUGUCACAGCAGUAUUUACAUGGUAUCCUGGGGCACUUCACACCUGCAUUUAAUCGUUUAGAUGCCAUAAAAAGUAAUCAUUCACAGACUAAGUUACAUUGUGUACUAUUAAACCUUUAUGUGAUAAAUAAUGGCACUAAAAGAAAAGUUUAUAAAUCCAACAAAUUCUGAUUUUAUUAUUGCAAAUGGUUAAGAUGUUAAAAUUAGGCAUGUUCAAUUAUUGGCCGAGUUCAUAAGCUCAUUUAUUCUUAAUAAACCUAGAAAUAUUGGGACAUUUUAAAA